UUUAAAGGGAAGACUGGGUGGGAAGGCAGCCCCAACAGAAUGAGCCAAAGAGAUCCUAAAUAAAACAAACACAAAAACCCUCGCCUGCAAGUGCUUCAACUUCAUUUUGUUCGAACCUCACCACAGCUUUGGCUGGCAAAGCUUAUGUGGAGAAGUUGUUGUGGAAGCCACCUAUAAAUACAUUGACCGAAUUUAUGGAGAAGCCUGCAAAUGAUGGAAGUCAUUCAGAACUGAUUUCCCAUUUUAAAAGUAGACCAGAGAAAGAACAUUUACCACAGCACAUCAGUGAAAAUCAUCUCAGCUGUCUAAAGCAGGGCAUCCUAAAUGAAAAGACUGAGUUGGAAGCAACAUUUAAGGAAGCUGAGUUGGCAACCUAUUCUGUAGAAUCACUUUUGCCAUGUAAGGACACCAUUGAAGAAAUUACUUUUGAAAAUAGUCUAUUACUCUUAAUAAACUUGAAGGCUUUUAAACAGAAGGAAAUAUUAACAAAAGAAUUAGAUACGUUUAAACGUGUGAAACAAGCUUUAGAACACCUUCUUAGAAAGACUGAAUACCAACAAAUAGGUGACAGUUUAUCCAGCAUAUUAGAGGAGCUAACUGAUAAUGAAAGUGAAAAUACUGAUCUUAAGAAGAAGGUACUUGAAAAGGAGACCUAUAUCCAAGAACUUUUAGGUUUGUUUCAGAAUGAAAAGGAAAAUGCUUUGAAAGCCAGCCGUUUUUCACAAUCAGUUAAAGUAGUUCAUGAACGACUACAGCUCCAAAUACAUAAAAAGGAAGCAGAAAAUGAUAAAUUAAAAGAAUACAUAAAGAGCUUAGAGACCAAGAUAGUCCAAUGGAACUUGCAAGUGAAAAAGAAUAAGCAUGAGACAGCAGCAAUGAAAGAAUCCAGUAGGCAAAAAGCUAUGGCCCUGAAAAAGGCAUCUAAAAUUUACAAACAAAGGCUUGAACAUUUUACUGGAGACAUUGAAAACCUUACUUCCCAGAUUAGAAACCAGGAAGCCAAGUUGUCUGAAGCAAUUUCAGCUUCCAAUGCCUGGAAAAGUCAUUAUGAGAAAAUCGUAAUAGAAAAAACGGAAUUGGAAGUUCAAAUCGAAACAAUGAAAAAGCAAAUCAAUAAUCUUUUGGAAGACCUGAAGAAAAUGGAGGACCAGGGAAAAAAUUCAUGUGAAGAAAUUCUUAGAAAACUUCAAUCAAUUGAAUAUGAAAAUGAAACUCUGAAUCUCGAGAAUACAAAAUUAAAGACUACAUUUGCUGCUUUGAAGGAUGAGGUUGUUUCCGUUGAAAAUGAACUCUCAGAAUUGCAAGAAGUAGAAAAACAACAGAAAAACCUUAUUGAAGUGUAUAAAGCUCAGAUACAAAAAUUGCAAGAAGCAGCUGAAACGGUGAAAAGCAGAUGUGAAAAUUUGCUAAGUGAAAAUAACCUUAUAACAAAAAACAAAAAUAAAAAAUUAGAGAAGAUGAGAGGCCAGAUGGAGUCUCAUCUGAAGGAGUUAGAACACGCCGGCGAUUCCCUGAAGGCGGCGGAAUGGAGGCUUCAGGAGUGUCAGGAGAGUCUGCAGCACUACAAGGGGACAUGUGCGGACCAGGCCCACACCAUUAGGGAGCUUCAGGGCCAGUUUGAUGGAAAUCACAAUCUUCUGACAGAGCUUUCUCUGGAAGAGGAAAAUUAUCUUAUUCAGUUAAAGUGUGAAAACCUUAAACAAAAAUUAGAACAGAUGGAUGCAGAAAAUAAAGAGCUUGAAAAGAAGCUGGAAAACCAAGAAGAAUGUCUUAAGCACAGCAAUCUUAAGUUUAAAGAGAAGUCUGCAGAGUAUACAGCAUUGGCUAGACAGCUGGAAGCUGCUUUAGAAGAAGGAAGACAAAAGGUUUCUGAAGAAAUAGAGAAAAUGUCAUCUCGAGAGAGGGCUUUACAAAUUAAAAUAUUAGAUCUGGAAACUGAACUUAGAAAGAAAAAUGAAGAACAAAAUCAACUUGUUUGCAAAAUAAACAGUAAAACACAACAUCAGGAAGUACGUUUGAAAGAAAUACAACAUAGUCUUGAAAAGUCGGAGAAUCAAAAUGAGAGUAUUAAGAAUUAUUUACAGUUUCUUAAAACUUCUUAUGUAACAAUGUUUGGAUAAAUUGUCGAAUUGAUUUUCUAUAAGCAACAGGUUUUUAUUGUGAGUCAAAAAAGUGAUUAAGUAAAAAAUACACUACCUGUUGUUAUACUUUA